AUGUCAGACUUAACAGAUCAAAAGCCAGGCGAGGCUGAAGCUACCACAAGAGCCUCGAAACCUGCUGCUUUCACAUGGGGCAAGAAUCAAAUCAACACAGGUUGCAUAUCACCUGUCAGAUCUUCUGAAGGCCUGCGAACACCAAAUCAUGAUACGACCAAAUACAUGAGGCAGCCUUCGUCGCCCGACAGCUCAUCACACUUGCCGCCUCGUAUACAUUCCCCCGCUUCCCAGAUAUUUGAAAGAGAUGUGCAGGAAGAUAUAGUGUCAGCACAAGCGUCGCCCUCUAUUCCGGCCCACAUUCGCACCGAGAACUACAUUCCACCUGUCCUCGAAGCAUCAUCGGCCGCUAUCACAGACGAUCAUCUUGAUCCAGAUUCAGUCGAGAUUGUCACGCAUAGCCUACAUCAGCCGGCGGGUGGUGCAUCGGGAGAGCAAUCCAUGUCGUCCUCGGGCAUCGACCAUCCCCCCAGCCAGCCUAAUACAGAUGACCUACCUCCAAGUUAUGGGGCACUAGAAACGACGGACGUACGUCGGUUGAGCUUCAUUUCCUUUGCCGACGUUGUCAACGCCGAGCAGACGGAAACAAAUGAAGCUCAUUCUGGCGCGAUGUCUCGGGAGCGCCGAGGAGAUCUCAAUCAAUCUCCCUCUCCAUUGCGUUCCUCUUCUUCACAUGGAUUUGGCACUCCGCCGCCAACAAGUAUCGCGACCUCUUUCAAAGGGCCUGAAAUGUCUCCCACUCGAUUCCCUAUUGCUAGUUCUACCCAGAGUCCGAUUUCUUCGAGUUUUGGAGGAGAUCUCAAUGUAGAGACCAUGCGACAGGCUUUGAGAAAAACCGCCAGUGGAGAUCUAGGUAUCACAAGCCAGGCCGCGAGUACCGUAGGAGAUGACCCGCUUGAUCGCAAUUUCUAG